AUGGCCAGAAGCGAUGCAGAAUCCUCGAGAGCUCACGUCGAUCAUGAGCUGCGUAGAAAGAAGCGCAUCAAAUGUUUUGUCUACAUCGCCGUUUUCGCUGUGUUCCAGAUCAUAGUCAUAACCGUCGUCGCACUCACGGUCAUGCGCGUCAAGAGCCCCAAGUUUCGUAUCCAAGCCAUCACGGUCGAGGACCUCAACACCUCAAACGGCGCCAAUCCUUCGCUUACUAUGUGGUUCGUUGCUGAAGUUUCUGUCAAGAACCCUAAUUUUGGGCGGUACAAGUAUGAUCAGAGCUCCAUCAGCUUUAUUUAUCAGGGAACCCAAGUCGGGGAUGUUGUAGUUCCUCAGGAAACAGCAAGGACUAGAGCGACCAGGAAGAUGAUCGUGUCCGGUACUGUGACUACCGUUAAUUCGAACUUGGCCAGUGAUAUAAGUUUAGGGUCUGUGGCGCUUAGCACGCACUCGAAGAUAAAUGGGAAGGUGUACUUGAUGAACAUGAUUAAUUAA